AUGCAGCCAAACGUUGGCACCGGCAAUGCGGAGGGGGAAGACAUGUGGGACGACCGCGCAAUUCUGAAGGCCUUCGAUGAUGCCUUGAAUUCGCACUCUCGCAAACCUGUGGAUGGGGUGGAGGCUCGCAAGUGGAAUAAGCACGCCGCGCAGGGGGUAGCCGUGCAACCCCACACGGCGGAGGGCAAACCGCAGCAGCAGCAGCAGCAGCCGUCAACGCCGUCCAGCACCUCGCGCGCUGCUGCUGCUGCUGCUGCUGCUUCGGGCGGCGGCACCUCCCCGGCGGGAGCCGGAUACCAACGCCCCCGGUCGGUGCCGAGCGGGCACCGAGACCAGGGUUUCCAAGAAGCCGACCGGCGUUUUGCGUCUCUGUUGGCCAAGGGCAAUGCCGAGGCCUCUUCCGGAGGGGGCACCGCGGGUGUCGUGCGGGCUGGUAUCCCGGGACCGUGGGAGCCCGUGGCUGGUCCGACCGAGGGACAGCAGUACGGCCGGGCAGCAGGUCACCAAGAUGACCCGGGGCAGCGGACCGAGUACGCGAGGCCUGGGGCGUACGACCCCAACGCGCGGCAGGAAGAAUAUGGCGGUGGGGCACAUAACUACUAUCCCGCACAAGCGGCGCCUCAUCAUCCACAACCGCCUCCUCACCCCCCGGGGGGCGCGGCAGGUGGCUUUGAAGAAGGGGGGCGUGGAUUUCCUCUGCCACCCCCGCCCCCGCCGCCACAUCCUGGAGUCGGUCCCCACGCGGCAGCCUUUCAGGUGACCUCGCCACCGGCGGUUCUUGCUCUUCAUUAG